CUCUUGAAUAAACAAAGCGAGAAGCUAGAGCUCAAGAGGAAGUUGGACGAACUCAUUAAGCAAAGACUGAACGUCAAGUCUUCAAUUAACGAGGUGGCAGGAAAAUUGAAAACCUUAAAAGAUUCUCAACAUAAAAGUGAUGUUAACAAUCGCUUGAAUGAAUAUCUUGAGAACAGUAAUCAAAAUUAUAUUGAAUCACAGAGCAGAAAACAAAUUGAGCCAUCUCUUAAUAUCAUAAAUGAAUUGAAUGUUCUCCCCUCAAAUAACUGGGAUGACCGAAUCGAUAAUAUUCGAAAGUUUUAUCCAUACGUGGACUUGGAGAAAAUCAAACCCUUUACCACUUAUAAUCAAGAUGGAAUUUUUUUGAGAGGAAUUUCUUUUACGGUUGUAUGUCCAUUAUUUUUCAAAUUGAAUGUCGAAGUUCGAAUUAAUUCUUUAAAAGAUUCAAUCGAAUCGAUCAGUGUGAAUCAAACUCAGUUGGUUACUUUAAGAUUGAUAUCCCCAUCCGUCUCACAAGCCAUAGGCCAAUUUGUCCAACAAGGAGAAAUUGAUUUGUUUAUGUAUGCUUUGAAUUCGCUUUCUAUAGUAGCCCACGAGAGAACCAGUCUAUUAUUUAAGAUUAUCAAAAAGUAUAGGUCAUAUAUAGAAGAUGAGAAAUUCAAAAACUUGAUAGAAGAUGAGAGUUUAUCCAACAAUAGAAUUUUUGCAAUUAUGAAGUCGGUUAAUCAAAUAAAUUUGGUCAUAGAUAAAAAUAAUGAACUUUAUCAUAUCAAACUAUACUGGGACAUAAAGUUAAAUGAUUUAGUUACUGGAAACUGCAAAUCUUCAUUAAAACUACUAAUGAUUAGACAGUCCGAUAACACGAAAUUGAAAAAUGUAAAUAAUUUAUUUCAAAACUUAAUCAAAGAAUAUGGGAUUUUUAGUGGGCUUGAUACUUUAUUAAAGUCUAUAUUUGGG